GGCAUUUUUUUGGCAAAUAUUUAUAGCCCAGAUGCAUAAUAAACAGAUCCUAUUUGAUUCUGGUUUCGGAUUUUCGUAUAUAAGCUCGACUAAAUGGGUCGUCUGGCAUUCAGUGUUCUGAGCUGAAACAAUCCAAAUAUACCUCAAAAUGUUCAAGCUGGUCGUGUUCACCGCCCUGCUGGCCCUCGCCGCCGCGAAGCCCAAGCCCAACGCGUUCUACUACGACACACCCCUCGCCUACUCUUCCUGGGAGAGCCCAGCCGUCGCCUACUCUGCCCCAGCGGUCGCCUACUCCGCCCCAGCCGUCCACUACUCCGCUCCAGCCGUCGCCUACUCUGCCCCAGCUCUCGCCUACUCCUCCCCGGCUGUCGCCUACGCUUCCUACGCUCCCUACGAGAGCUACGCCUACGGAGAGUACCCAUCUGCCUACUCCACUUACCUGCUGAAGAAGAAAUGAAUAUAAACAUCUGAACAAGUUUCUCGUCAAAACCGAUCCGAUAUUGUUUAUAAAAUACGAUUCCUACUUUUUUUUACCGCGUCUAUCUUUUCGUCUUACCACUUUGGAAAGAUGUAAUGAUGGACCGGUUUUUUGUUAUCUUACAUUUUUAUGUAACAAAUAAACAAAUCGAAUAAAA